AUGGCUAGUGGGAUGAAAAAAUUCGGAGACUUGGUCGGUUCGAUUGACGAGGGUACCAGUUCGGCGCGAUUUCUUCUAUUCCGUGCCGAAACGGCCGAAGUGGUUUGCUUCCAUCAGAAAGAGCUGCGCUUGAUGUGCCCACAAGAGGGUUGGGUUGAGCAGGAUCCGAACGAAAUCUUGAGCGUCGUGUAUGAGUGUAUCGAGCGGACAUUGGAUAAACUGAUCGAGCUCGGAGGAGAUCCGCAGAACGAUAUCGUGGCCAUCGGUGUAACAAACCAGCGCGAAACCACCAUCGUUUGGGAUCGGACGACCGGCGAACCGUUAUAUAAUGCGAUCGUUUGGCAGGACAUGCGAACGUCCUCCACGGUCGAUCAGUUGCUCGAGACGGUUCCGAACAAGACGAAAAACAAAAACUACCUCAAACCACUCUGUGGGCUACCGCUGUCGCCGUACUUUUCCGCCGUCAAGCUGCGCUGGCUAAUCGACAACGUGCCGAAGGUAAAAGCCGCUAUUCGCAGUGGAAACUGUCUGUUCGGUACGGUCGACACCUGGCUGAUAUGGAAUUUAACCGGUGGUUCCGAUGGGGGCGCACAUAUUACGGAUGUUUCGAACGCAUCGCGCACAAUGCUGAUGAACAUCGAGACGUUGAAGUAUGAUAAAGUGCUGAUGAAGUUUUUCGACGUGCCGGUUGAAAUUUUGCCAGAAAUACGCUCAAGCUCGGAAGUUUACGGGUUAAUAAAGUUUAAUCCACUGAAAAACAUCCCACUGGCAGGUUGCUUGGGCGAUCAGCAAUCGGCCCUAGUGGGCCAGGAAUGUUUAACGCGUGGGCGAGCAAAGGCCACGUACGGGACGGGUUGCUUUUUGCUGUACAACACCGGCACGGCAAUGAUCGAUUCGUACCACGGGCUUAUCUCUACCGUCGCGUAUCAGAUGGGCCCGGAUGCAUUGCCAGUGUACGCACUCGAGGGUUCGGUUGCCGUUGCCGGUGCUGCGCUUGGUUGGCUGCGCGAUAAUCUGAACCUGAUCGGGGGUGCUUCAGAAUCGGAAUCAGCCGCACUGGAGGUGGAGAACAAUGGGGACGUUUACUUUGUGCCAGCGUUCAGCGGAUUGUAUGCGCCGUACUGGGAUCCGGAAGCGCGUGGUGUCAUCUGUGGCAUCACGGAAGACACGCAGCGCGGACACAUUGUGCGUGCAGCGCUGGAAGCGGUCUGCUUUCAGGUGCGUGACAUUCUCGACGCGAUGAAUAGCGAUAGCGGAACUCCACUGCAAAAGCUCAAAGUGGACGGUGGAAUGACGGCAAACGCAACAAUGAUGCAAUGGCAGGCGGAUUUGAUCGGGCUCGAUGUACUAAAACCAAAGUUUGUCGAGACAACGGCACUGGGUGCUGCAAUGGUCGCGGGCCGUGCUGUGGGCAAAUGGGAUAUCGAAAACGUGAGCGUGGAAAGCGACAGUACCGUCUUCAAACCGCAGAUCAGCGAGAACGAACGGGAUGUGCGCUAUAAACGAUGGAAGAUGGCCAUCGAACGGGCAGUUGGGUGGGACAAGUGUCCAUAA